ACCACCAACAACCAACAACCAACAACCAGAUACCAAACAACUACCACUCUCUUCGAGCCUUUCAUCCUCUCUUCAACGAAAAACAAAAAAAGAAUAGAGGAUGGCUUAUCUACGCUUGACCACCCCGUCGAACGGCUUCAACAGCAGCAUGAGCGACGAAAUCCUAUCCAAGAUCAUGCCAACCAAGCUCGUCUUCCCGCUCUACCACUUCCAUCGAACCGAGAUCAUCCCGGGGAUGAGCGACCCAUUGCUGACGGUGAUCGUGCCCCUGGUAGCAUACUGGGCGGUCUCGAUCCUCUUCAGCUUACUAGACCAUCUCGAGCUCCCAUCUAUCGAGAAAUAUCGACUCCACGAACCUGCUGAGAUCGCCAAGCGGAACAAGGUCAGCCCCAGCCAGGUCAUCAAGGCCGUCAUCCUCCAACAACUCAUCCAAACCGCACUCGGAAUCUUCUAUCUCGACUCCUCGCCCUCCGAUGUCCUCAAUCGUAACUACCUCGAGGAAAUGAAACCCUAUGCCUCCUUCAUCUCCACCCUCGUUCACAUCCUUCUUCCUCCUCUACACGCUCGAUGGCUCCUCCUCAACCAUGGUCAAUCACUCGUUCAAUGGUCUUAUUGGUGGGGACUACCGACCCUCCAAUUCCUUUGGGCCUCAUUCGUCCUCGACACAUGGCAAUACUUCUGGCACCGAGCCUUCCACAUCAACCAAUUCCUCUACAAACACAUCCACUCCGUCCAUCAUCGUCUCUACUGUCCUUACUCCUACGGCGCUCUCUAUAACCACCCUCUCGAAGGCUUUAUCCUCGACACCUUGGGCGCGGUGAUUGCCCAUUGGGCGUCUGGGAUGUCCGUCAGACAGGCUACCGUUCUCUUCGGUAUCUCCACCGCUAAAACCGUCGACGACCAUUGCGGCCUCGCUCUUCCUUUCGACCCCUUCCAACAUCUUUUUGGUAACAAUGCGGCGUACCAUGAUAUUCAUCAUCAACAAUUCGGGAUCAAGAAGAACUUCUCUCAGCCGUAUUUCAUCCAUUGGGAUGUCUUGAUGGGCACCCGAAUGAGCACCCAAGAGGCCGACCAACGUCGGGCCAAACUGAGCACUUUACGCUCCUCAUCCUCUACCGACAAGACCAUCACCACUUCGGAUCCUUCUUCUCCCACCGAACUCAUCGUGCUGGACUCCGAAGAUAGCGACUUGGAUAAUAACAAAUCUCCCUCCUCCUCCUCGUCUUCCUCUAAUGAAUCAUCCUCCCCGAAACUCAAAACUCUUUAAAUUCUUUCUUUCUGAUCUGCUGCUUCGCUCAUCCUUAUUUUUUGUUGCUUCUAUAUGUCUUAUUUAUUUAUUUAUUCUUAUUCAUUGCUUUGAAUCGUUUGUUCUUUGUUCCCCCUUUCAAGCUCUUUUUUUUUAUCAAGAAUUACCCCUUCCAUCAUCAUCAUCAUCAUCACUCAUUCACCACCCUUUUUCAAUAUGUAAAUCCUCUUACACACACACACUUAACACACAAGAUACAGUUUUCUCUUUUGCUUUUUUUUCUACAUCUUUUUUUUCAACACUUUUCUUUUGUCCAUUCAUGAAUACAUAUUCUUUUUUUUAAUCAAUGCAAAUAUAUAUAUAUAUAUACAUAUGGAUAAUUAAAUAAACUUAACGUUUUUCUUUCUUCCCAAA